GACACUUCCUUAGCUUGUGAGGGAGUAGUGCAGGUGUUGCUAAUCAGACUUACUGUAACUGUUAGCUAACUAAAUUUUGUUUAGCCUCAGAAAACAAAAGAGUGAGCAGCGAUGGGGAAGGAGAAGCUCCACAUCAACAUUGUGGUAAUUGGACAUGUUGACUCAGGCAAGUCCACCACCACCGGCCACCUGAUCUAUAAGUGUGGUGGCAUCGACAAGAGGACAAUUGAAAAGUUUGAGAAGGAAGCUGCAGAGAUGGGAAAGGGUUCCUUCAAAUAUGCCUGGGUGCUGGACAAGCUGAAAGCUGAGCGUGAACGUGGCAUCACCAUCGACAUUUCUCUUUGGAAGUUCGAGACCAGCAAGUACUACGUCACCAUCAUUGAUGCUCCAGGGCACAGGGACUUUAUCAAGAACAUGAUCACUGGGACCCCUCAGGCUGACUGUGCUGUGUUGAUUGUGGCGGCGGGCGUGGGCGAAUUUGAAGCUGGCAUCUCAAAGAACGGGCAGACACGUGAGCACGCCCUCCUCGCCUACACCCUGGGAGUAAAACAGCUCAUCGUGGGCAUCAACAAGAUGGAUUCCACUGAGCCCAACUACAGCCAGAAGCGCUAUGAGGAGAUUGUGAAGGAAGUCAGCACUUACAUCAAGAAGAUUGGCUACAACCCUGACACCGUGGCUUUCGUGCCCAUUUCUGGCUGGAAUGGGGACAACAUGCUGGAGCCCAGCCCUAACAUGACCUGGUUCAAGGGCUGGAAGAUCAACCGUAAAGAUGGAAGCGCCUCAGGCACCACACUGCUCGAGGCUCUGGACGCCAUCCAACCUCCAACGCGUCCGACCGAUAAGCCCCUCCGCCUGCCUCUGCAGGACGUGUACAAGAUUGGAGGCAUCGGUACUGUACCCGUGGGUCGAGUGGAGACCGGCAUCCUAAAACCUGGCAUGGUGGUGACCUUUGCCCCCGUCAAUGUGACCACUGAGGUGAAAUCUGUGGAGAUGCACCACGAGGCCCUAACUGAGGCCCUGCCCGGUGACAACGUGGGCUUCAACGUCAAGAACGUGUCCGUGAAGGAUAUUCGCCGUGGCAACGUGGCCGGAGACAGCAGGAACGACCCGCCACAGGAAGCAGCUGGCUUCACUUCUCAGGUGAUUAUCCUGAACCACCCUGGUCAGAUCAGUGCAGGAUAUGCCCCCGUGCUGGACUGCCACACUGCACACAUUGCGUGCAAGUUUGCUGAGCUGAAGGAAAAGAUUGACCGUCGCUCUGGUAAGAAGCUCGAGGACAACCCCAAGUCCCUGAAGUCUGGAGAUGCCGCCAUCGUUGAUAUGAUCCCCGGGAAGCCCAUGUGUGUGGAGAGCUUCUCUGAGUACCCGCCGCUCGGGCGCUUUGCUGUCCGUGACAUGCGUCAGACGGUGGCGGUGGGCGUCAUCAAAGGCGUGGAAAAGAAAGCCGCCACGAGUGGUAAGAUCACCAAAUCGGCACAGAAGGCGCAGAAGGCCAAAUGAACGUUGUGCUGGGCUGCUGCCCCGAACGCUCACCAUGGCCGAAGACACACCCCGCCCCUUCUGCACUCCAUAGUCAGCGUCUGGUCUAUUAUCACAAUGCAUCGCAAAAGCAGACGAAGGAAAAAAAACGAACCAAAACGCCGUUAGUGCUCGUCUUCUGUCGGUUUUAUUGCAGCAGAACACAACAGGUUUGCGUUACAGUUCUCUGCCUGUUGAAGUUAAUGAUUCAGCUUCUCGUGGAUCUAGACGACAAUCGUAGUGACGAGGCAGACGCGUUCUUUCGUCAGCUCUGUGUUGUAGCUUUAACAAAAAGAUAAACUCGUUAGCCUGAGGUAGAUUAGCUUCUUGCAUGUUUGCACCUUAGAGAAACUCUCCGUGCCUCGCACUUUGCUCAACUUAAACUCCCUCCAAGUAGCUCUGAUAAAUGUUACUGUUAAGUUCACCUUAACCGCUGUUAUUUGUGAUUCUACGUUCAUACAAGUAAAGGUGUUUAAACAUUA